AUGGAGGUUCUGGACCCCCAGCUGGCCGCCGAUCCCAUGCUCGCUUCCCUCAUUAGCCCGCUGUCCAUAGUACGCCAGGAGGCAUACUUCCGCAUCUCUCUGCAGAUCGAUCAGGGGCUGAGCCUGGGGCCCCCCACCUCCACAGCCGUCCUCCAGGCCCUCACCGCGCAUCACCACGAGAUCGUGGGGUCUGCGAGGGACGCGCUGGCCAUGGCCCCCAGCUCCGAGCCCAGUCAGCGCGAGGUCUCGGAGCCCGAGCUGGUCUCCCUCCUGUCCGUGCUCCAGGCGGCGUGCCUCUUCCAGCCGGAUACCCAGCGCGCCGCCUGCGAGGCAGGCAUCAUCCAGCUGCUGCUGCAGCGCCUCGCCGCCGCCACACCGGUGCUGGCCUGCUCCUGCUUCGACACCCUCAUGUCCGUCCAGCACCAGCAGCCCCCCGCCUUCUCCGAGUUCGUGCGCCAGCGCGGCGUAGAGCAGGUGUGCGAGGUGCUGCGCCACGGCGGCGACCGGGUGCGCGCACACGCGGCUCGUUUCCUCAACCUGCUGCUGACGCACCUGGCGCCCGCGCUGCGCGGCGAGGGCGUCGAGGAGGACGUCGCCGCGUCGGGGCGCAGCGUGCAGAGCGUGCUGGGCAGGGAGGCCUCGGCCAUGCUGCACCGCAAGGUCGACCUGGCGGAUGCGCAGGCGGAGGGGAAGCUGAGCCAGCUGGCCAAUGCGCUGCAGUUCUUCAUGGGCUGA